GCUCAAGGCAUUAACGUGAGCGUAGUGUGUGUGUGUAUCCAGUGAAAAUUACCCGGAGACGGACGGAGGCAGUUUAUAACCGUACCAAUGUCUGUGGCCUAUAAAUAUAUUAUAUUAACCGGGGCGGAAUCAUCUCGUGGACACAACAACAUAUCGAAAAUGAGGGAAUAAUCCGAGGAGAGGCACGGCGAGGCUCGUCUGUAGCUACGGUUUUGUUGAACUGCGAGUGGGAUCACAGCUGCUGGCUACGAAAAUGUCGAGAAAAAUAGAGAGCAAGCAAGACUCACAACGGUCCCAUCUGUCCACUAUCACCAUGAUCCUGAAGGAUAAGUUCCACUCUCCCAAGAUCAAGAGGACUCCAUCCAAGAAGGGCAAGCAACUGCAGCCCGAGACAGCAGCCAAGAGUACUGAGAAACCUACUAACAAGAAGGUUAGUAGGCUGGAGGAGCAGGAGAAAGAAGUGGUCAGUGCCCUGCGCUACUUCAAGACAAUCGUGGACAAAAUGGUUGUAGAGAAGAAGGUUCUGGAGAUGCUUCCAGGCUCGGCCAGCAAGGUGCUUGAAGCAAUCUUGCCUCUGGUGCAGGUAGAGGCACGGAUACAGCACAGUUCGGCGCUGUCAUCUUGCCACAGCCGCGUAUAUCAGAGUUUGGCCAACCUUAUCCGCUGGGCCGACCAGGUGAUGCUUGACGGGAUUGACUUGGACGAUAAGGAAAAUGUGGCUUCUGUCACCAAUGUCAUCAAAGCGGUGCUGGAUGGAGUAAAGGAGCUGGUGAAGCUGACCAUAGAGAAGCAGGAACAGCCGUCACCUACCACACCUAAUAAACCAGCAGCACCUGCUGUCACAGCCGAGAGCAGCGUGUCAGCAGAGAUGCCCCUGAUAGAUCGGGAGCAGGAGGUCUCGAGUAAGCCGGCUCUGGCAGCCGCUCCUGUGGAAGCUGCCCCUGAAGUACCAGACGUGGAAGUAGCACCUCCCAAACCGCCACUACCGGAAGCCAAAAUGGCUGAGCUCAGAGCACAGUUGAGUGCCGAGGCUGGCCAAAGGAGACCCUCUCAGAAGGAGAAUCCUCCACCAGCUCUUCCUCCUAAGAAGCGACAGUCGGCCCCUUCACCUACACCAGUGGCAGUGGUCGCCCCGAUGAGCCGUGGCUCCAGCCUCCCGUGUAGUGACCACAGACAGGAUUAUGAACAGGAGUUCCUUCAGAGGCGUUUCUCUGGGGGAAGCCACUCGUACGGUGGCGACUCUCCCCGUCUUUCACCGUGCAGCAGCAUGGGGAAACUCAGCAAAUCCGACGAACAGCUUUCUUCCAUAGAGCAGGACAGCGGGCAGUGUUCUCGGAACACCAGCUGUGAGACGCUCGACAACACAGAUCACUACGACCCAGAUUAUGACUUCCUCCACCAGGACUUGUCAGCUGGGGAAAACCUGCCCCCAAUACCAGUUGGGGGGUGCCUCAGCCCCCUGCCCGAGUCUCACAGCGAGUCCUCUUCCCCCGUUCCUGGACAGCACCCCUCGCAUCCACGCUUCAGCGCUCCCCCACCCCAGCACCAAGAUUACUGGACCCCCCAGCCCAAUCAGACUAACCCCUUACAGUCCUCCCGCAUCAGCGCACCCCCUGCCCUGCCGAUGAAGAAGCGGCGCAGCACCCAAACGUCGUCCUUCUCCGACACUGGGUCCAGGGUGCUGUACGAGCGAUUCCCCUCGCAGUACGACAACCUGUCAGAAGAGGAACUUCAUCCCACGCCACCGUUCCCCCUUUUCACACCCAUCUCACCCAUGCCCCAAACAAAUGGGGGCGUGUUUGUUUCCCAGUACGUUGCCAGUGACAAUGCAGAUGUCCCCGCCAGCCCACCGCCACUGCCAGAAAAGAAAAGCAAACACAUCCUUCAAUACAUGCAGUUUGUGGAAGACUACUCGGAGCCACAGCCCUCUGUCUUCUACCAGAUGCCGCAGAGCGAAAGCAUCUAUGAACAGCGCAACAAGCGCUUCCAGGAGGUCUACGGCUUCAACGACUCCUUCAGCAGCACCGACUCAGUGCACGAGCCGGUGCAGCCGCCGGCUUUGCCACCAAAGCAAAGACAACUGGCCUCCCACUCCUCUUCCCCUUCUUCUUCCUCCUCCUCCUCUCUCUCCUGCCACCUCCAGCCGUCUGUGGCGGCAAUGGAGGAGGCGGGCUCUGGGCUGGGCCUCAGCAUAUCGGUUUCUAACUCCUACCUGAUUGGCCAGGCGUCUAUGACCACACCCACGAGCUUGGACCAGGUUGCCUUGACCAAUGCCACCAUUCUGGAUGGCAGCGGGGGCGGGCCCAACGGUUCCCUGGCUGGCUCAGUGGGUUCUAUGGCUGUCUGUCUUCCUUCUGAGUCUUCUCUCACUGACUCUCUCCACACCUCAGCGAGCGAGAGCGCGAACGACGAGGGCGGGGAGGGGGAGUAUGUCAACUUGUACUCAUCCAGCCAGGCCAAUGGGGAGCUGCCUCACUCCCUCGGAGACACAAUCGCGGCUGAUGAUGUCCUUCAAGACCCCACCCCUCAGAUGCCAUCCACCAAUAACAAAGAGGAUAAGGAAAGAAGGCAAAAGGCAACUGAUUCAGCUGGGAGCGAUGAAGAAGAUGUGGACGAGCUCGCCCUCAUAGACCACAAGGAGAUCAUGAGCAGGAUAACACUAAAACAAGAAAAUGACGACGGCCCCGACGUCCGCGCCGGAUCAGGGGACAUCCUAUUAGUCCACGCUACAGAAACAGACCGCAAAGAUCUCGUUUUGUACUGUGAAGCCUUUCUGACUACAUAUAGGACUUUUAUAACCCCAGAGGACCUCAUUAAGAAGCUACACUACAGAUAUACCACGUUCUGCCAUAGUCCAGACACCUUCAAGAAACGAGUGAGCAAGAACACGUUCUUCGUGCUGGUUCGUGUGGUAGAUGAGCUGUGCCUGGUAGAGCUGACCGAGGACAUUUUGAAACAGCUCAUGGACCUGGUGUUCACACUAGUGUGUAAUGGCGAACUCAGUCUCGCCCGUGUGCUCCGCAAGAAUAUCCUGGAUAAGGUGGAGCAAAAGAAGCUGCUGCGUUACACUAACUCACUCAAGCCCCUCGCGGCACGAGGGGUCUCUGCAAGGCCUGGAACUCUUCACGACUUCCGCAGUCACGAGAUCGCCGAUCAGCUCACACUUCUCGAUGCUGAACUUUUUUAUAAAAUUGAGAUUCCCGAAGUUCUACUUUGGGCCAAGGAGCAGAAUGAGGAGAAGAGUCCGAACCUGACUCAGUUCACAGAGCACUUUAACAACAUGAGCUAUUGGGUUCGCUCUUUGAUAAUUCAGCAAGAGAAAGCUCAAGACAGAGAAAAGCUGCUUCUCAAGUUCAUUAAGAUAAUGAAGCACUUAAGAAAGUUGAAUAACUUCAACUCCUACUUGGCAAUACUGUCUGCUUUGGACUCGGCCCCCAUCAGGAGGUUGGAGUGGCAGAAGCAGACCUCAGAGGGAUUGGAGGAGUAUUGCACGCUGAUCGACAGCUCCUCCUCCUUCAGGGCAUACAGAGCUGCACUGGCUGAAGUGGAGCCCCCGUGCAUCCCGUACUUGGGUCUCAUCCUCCAGGACCUGACCUUCGUCCACCUGGGGAACCCUGACCUGAUCGACGGGAAGGUCAAUUUCUCCAAACGCUGGCAGCAGUUCAACAUUCUGGACAGUAUGCGGCGCUUCCAACAAGUGCAUUAUGAGCUGAAGCGCAACGAAGACAUCGUCUCGUUCUUCAACGACUUCAGCGAUCACCUGGCCGAGGAGGCCCUCUGGGAGCUGUCGCUGAAGAUAAAACCCAGAAACAUCUCGAGACGCAAGACGGACCGUGAGGAGAAGACCUAGGGCCCGCGGAGGGGAGGAGGGCCUCCAACACUGACCUCCAACUGUGCUUCAUGACACUAACUCCACUUUACUACAGACUGAAAAAGAGACGAACGGAAGCUACCCGCCGAGGCUGAUGGGAGACUCAUUGUGGGUGGGGGGAGGGGGUUGAGAACAAACUACAGACAACUGAAGCGUCAUCGAGGUUUACAAAGAGCUCUACUGCUCGGGGAGAUUAUAAUUGGGAUUAUUGGAGACAUUCUGUGGCUGCGGCGAGGCAACAGGUAGACCGGUGCCAAGGAGGGGAAGAAUCACAGGGAGACACUACGGAAAUGACCAAAGUCUGUUUCCUGGGCUUUCUGUUUUAGAGUGGAGCUGCUGCGCAAGUGUGUGUGUGUGCGCGCGCGCAUGUGAGUGUGUGAGCUGAAUGGUCCAUUACUCUCAAGCCGCUCCUUCCUCUUCCUCAUGUAUGUGCCAUCUAUUGGUUUUCUUCAGCCCUCUUCCUACUCGAGUUCCCCUCAAACGGCAGCCUGACACAAACUGUGACAUCUACGGGCGGGCUGCAGACCCCCGAGGGCUCGCUGUGGGCACGAGGCUGGGAGGUGGGAGAUUUGGACUUGGAGGAGAGGAUGGCCAUGAUAGACUGGAAACCUAUGUUUUGAAACAUUUUUGUGUAAGAAUCAUGUAUGGUUAUGAAAUGUAUUAUAUACAGUGCUCCUUUUGUUCUUAAAAAGGAUGUUUAUGCUUAUGAGAAGAGCUCCGCUUCUCCCAAGUGCCAUACACGUGCACUUGAAAGAAAAAAAAAAAGAUAAGCAAAGCAAAAACACAAAAAGAUAAAUAACUAAAGAUGCUGUGAUCUGUGUACAUCAUUCUGAAUCAUCGAGUGCCGUGUUCAAGUGUAGAGAAACCAUCAGGCAAUCACAGUCACGUCCCGGUCAUGUUAGUGUGUGAAAGACUGUGUGUGACUGAAGUCCUCUGUGACUUGUGUGUGUGUCAUUCCAAAAAUGUGCUGUAGUAAAAUCUUUUUUUUUUUUUUAUUCCUUUUUGGGGAUAAAACCAACACAUCACACUGUGCUCUCAAACUCCAAUAAAGCAAACGGCUCUUUCUAUA